GAUGCUAGUUGGAUGAGCGCAGACCCCAGCCCAGCGAGAGCUCACUCCGGCUUCAGUCCAUUUCAGGUGUGACUGACUGGGAUGUGGCGCUGCCGCCUUCUGAGCUCGCCCCUGGCCCAGGCCCUCCCUGUGGCUCCGGGAGGGGGUGGCCGCCGGGCGCAGUCGGCCUUGGCUCAACUCGUGGGCAUCCUGGAGAGCCAGCUGGACGCGAUCCGGGCGGCGGGCACGUGGAAGAGCGAGAGAAUCAUCACCUCCAAGCAGGGGCCCCAUAUUAACGUGGAGGGCAGCCCGGGAGGGAUCCUUAAUUUCUGUGCCAAUAACUACCUGGGUCUUUCCAGCCACCCUGAAGUGAUCCAAGCUGGUCUGAAGGCCCUGGAGCAGUUCGGAGCAGGCCUCAGCUCUGUCCGAUUCAUCUGUGGGACACAGAGCAUCCACAAAGUCCUGGAGGAGAAGAUCGCCCGAUUUCACCAAAGAGAGGACGCCAUCCUCUACCCGAGCUGCUUUGAUGCCAAUGCUGGACUGUUUGAGGCCUUGCUGACACCAGAGGACGUGGUGCUGUCAGAUGAGCUCAACCACGCCUCCAUUAUCGAUGGCAUUCGCCUCUGUAAAGCAAACAAGUACCGCUAUCGCCACCUGGACAUGGGGGAUCUGGAGACCAAGCUACAGGAUGCCCAGAAGCAUCGGCUGAGGCUGGUGGCCACAGAUGGGGCCUUCUCCAUGGACGGCGACAUCGCCCCACUUCGGGAGAUCUGCCAGCUGGCCCAGAAGUACAAAGCCGUGGUCUUUGUGGACGAGUGUCAUGCCACUGGCUUCCUUGGACCAAGUGGCCGGGGCACUGAUGAGCUGCUGGGAGUAGUGGACCAAGUGACCAUCAUCAACUCCACUCUGGGAAAAGCCUUGGGCGGGGCUUCAGGGGGCUACACAACUGGGCCUCGGGAUCUCAUCUCUCUUCUCCGGCAGCGGGCCCGGCCUUACCUCUUCUCUAACAGCCUUCCCCCUGCUGUUGUGGGGUGUGCGUCCAAGGCCUUGGACCUUCUCAUGGAGAGCAAUGCCAUCGCCCAAUCUAUGGCUGCCAAAACCCGACGGUUUCGUAGCAAGAUGGAGGCUGCUGGCUUCACCAUCUCGGGCGGGGAGCACCCCAUCUGCCCUGUGAUGUUGGGAGAUGCCCGGCUGGCAUCAGCGAUGGCUGAGGACAUGCUGAAGAGAGGGAUCUACGUCAUCGGCUUCAGCUACCCUGUGGUACCCAAAGGAAAGGCCAGGAUCCGAGUUCAGAUCUCGGCUGUUCACAGUGAGGAAGACAUCGACCGCUGUGUGAAGGCUUUUGUGGAGGUGGGAAAGCAGCGUGGGGCCAUCCCAUGAAUCACUGCUCAGGGCCUUCCUGGGGAACCGGCGUUCCCCGGGGGCAGGGGAUGGACCGGGCUGACGCUGGGGAGCCAGAGAGCCCGGGAGGGAAGCUCUGGGAGUACCAACCAGCCCAGAGGCCAGCUCCUGGUGUCCUUCCCCCACCUCAGACUUCCAUGGUGAUGUCCAACUAAGUGCCUGGGAAUCCAAUGUCUGACCUUUUACAUUUUCUUUUUCCUGUGUCUGUUGAAAAACACCUUCUGGGCUGAGUUCUAGCGGGUCACAGCUAACAAUUGGAACUGUUCAAAAGUGGU